AUGGUGCUGCUGUCUGGAGACGGCAAAGCGGCCACGGAGGGCCGGAGUCCCGCCGCGGCAAAGCACCUGCCCGUACCGCCCUCGGAGCCUGCCGGGCCGGGAGCCGCGGCGCCUGAGGGGAGCGUCGUCAUCGGCUCCAGCGCAGCUGCCGGGGCGGAGAGGUCGCGAAGGGGCAGCGAAGGCGGCGGCGGCGGCGCUGAGGGAGGAAGCGACGAGGACGACGGUGGUGGCGACGACUACGAGGAGUACGAGGACUUCUCGGACCUCCCGGACACGCGCAGCAUCGCUUCGGACGACUCCUUCUACCCGCCGCGGGCGGACGGCGACGACGACGACGGCGACGACUGGUCUCUGGGAGAGUCGGACUCGUCGACGGGAAGCCCCGAGGCGCUCACCCUCUUCCGAGCUUGCUGCACCAACAACGCGGUGGCCUUGAGAGCGAUCAUCCGGCAGGGGCCCGAGGAGAAGGAGGCCAAGGAGACCGACCGCAACAAGAGGACUGGCCUUAUUGUUGCCUGUUACCAAGGGUUUGUGGAUAUUGUAAUAGCCUUAGCACAAUGCCCUCACAUUGAUGUAAACUGGCAGGACAAUGAAGGAAACACGGCUCUAAUUACAGCGGCUCAGGCAGGACAUAUUACUAUUACACAGUAUUUAUUAAACUAUUAUCCUGGCCUUGAUAUUGAGAAAAGGAAUGCCUUUGGAUUUACUGCACUCAUGAAGUCUGCAAUGCAAGGCCGAAGUGAAUGCAUCAGAGCUUUAAUCUUGGCAGGGGCAAACAUUUAUGCCACAGACCCAGGCCGCGGAUUCACUCCUCAGGAAUGGGCGUGUUUCACAGGAAGAAUAGAAUCUGCCUAUCUUAUGCAAAGACUUAUGGACAAGCCGUGUGCUGAGCAAUUUUGUGACCACUAUGAGCUAGAAUGGCCAAAGUUGAAAGAACUUCUUGCCAAGGCUGCAGAGCCAAAGACCUGUUUGCAAAAGAUCUCGGAAGGCGUGAGGUCAGUAAUAGCUUCCAGAGGUUUCAAAGGCCCUGAAGAAGAUGGUGUCCUUGAUCAUAUGGUUCGGGUGACGACAAGUCUAAGGAGCUCUUUUGUUGCCAUAGCUUGUAGGACCGUGUGCCCUGGAAGUCCACCUGGCAUAGGAAAACGCAGGCCUGCUGUGCAAGAGAUCUUUAGGAAACAAAGAGCCAAAGAAAUCAAAUCUAUGGACAGCAACGACCAUUUUAACAGCUAUGAGAAGCUGUUUCAGAACUCCAGAGUUAUGUUAGUCUCCAAAAAGAAGGAAAGGCGAGCCAGCCUCCAGCCUUUCAGUCUAAAUGUACCUCAGGUUAGCAUUGUGGUUCCAAGGAAAUCAAGCCUGCUGCCACUGCACUUACUGAGAAGGAGCAGUGUGCGCCCAGGGUUUGUCAUCCCCAAAGUCCGAAUCAACAAGGCACCUCCACCUACUUUCCAGCCAGAGAAAGUCAGGCGAAAAAGCAGUGCCGGUGAUGGGGCUUACCUGCAGAUUCCUAAGUGGAGGUAUAAAGAGCUGAAGGAAGAAAGGAAGAAGGCAGAGGAAGAAGAAAAGAAAAAAGCAGAAGCAGAAGCAGCUCAGAAACAGAAGCAAGGGUCUCCAGUGAAAAGCAAGACUUGA